CAUUCAAUCCAAAACUAACUACCAAGUUCCCUCCAUUUCCUUCAUUCUUCCUUAUACCAAAACCCUAACUAACUUUUAAAUUUUCUUUCCCUCUUUUUAUCUAUUAUUGCCAAAAUGUUCAAAAAAGUUUUCAAGAAACGUCGAAGACAACAACUUCCACCUCCGCCACCGCCUCCACCAUCACAACCUCCGCCACCUCCUCCUCCGCCUCCACCGCCAUCUCCACCACGAGCACCACCUAGCCCUCCCCAUGAAGCUCCAAUCCCACCUGAGGAGCAGCCCCAAGAAAAGCCUCAACUAACAUUUCCAUUUCUUUUUCCUAAAGCUCAAUCAAACAUUCUUCCUGAUCCAUCCCUUUUCUUUGCGCCAUCUCUUCUUUCAUCUCCAUUACCAACACACUCUUUCUUUCAAAACUUCACCCUCAAAAGCGGCGAUCAACCCGAAUAUAUACACCCAUAUCUCAUUAAAUCAUCAUUCGGAUCAUCCAUUUCUGUCUCUUACCCAUCUCAAAUCUCCACCUCUUCUUCUCAGCAACAAAUCUUCAUCCCUGAUUUAACCAUCUCUGCAUCAAAUAAUAAAAUCAACCCACAUGAUACACCAAAAAGCCAUGUUAUUUCUUCUUUUAGUGAUCUCACUGUAACUUUGGAUUUACCCUCUUCAAAUCUUCGGUUCUUUCUUGCUAGAGGAAGCCCUUACUUGACAUGUUCAAUCACGGAAAAUUCUUCAAUAUUUAUCUCAACAAUUCACGCCAUUAUUUCACUUUCUUCAAAUAGCUCACAAACUAAACAUACCAUUAAGUUAAAUAAUGGUCAAAUAUGGUUUCUUUAUUCGUCCUCUCAGAUAAAUUUGAGCCACAAUCUUUUGUCUAUUACUUCUGAUGGGUUUUCUGGUGUGAUAAAAAUUGCAAUAUUGCCCGAUAAUUCUAAUCCGAAACACGAAGCAAUUCUUGAUCGAUUCAGUUCUUGCUAUGCACUAUCAGGUGAUGCAACUUUUACCAAACCAUACUGUGUAGAAUAUAAUUGGGAAAAGAAAGGCUCUGGUGAUUUGAUUAUCCUUGCACAUCCUUUGCAUAUUAAGCUUUUAUCUAAUGACAAUGUCAUUGUUUUGAACGAUUUUAAGUAUAAAAGCAUUGAUGGUGAUCUUAUUGGUGUGAUUGGAGAUUCAUGGGUAUUAAAAACAGACCCUAUUGCAAUAACUUGGCACUCAAGUAAGGGUAUCAAAGAGGAAUCAUUUCCUGAAAUUGUGUCUGCACUUCAAAAGGAUGUUGAGGGUUUAAGUUCAUUGAUUGAUCCACCAAAUUCUUGCUAUCUUUAUGGUAAAAUGAUUGCAAGAGCAGCAAGAUUGGCUUUGAUAGCUGAGGAGAUUAGGUCUCUUGAAGUUAUUCCAGCAAUAACUAAGUUCUUGAAAGAGAAGAUUGAGCCCUGGUUAGAUGGUACUUUCAGCGGAAAUGGCUUCGUAUACGAGGAUAAAUGGCGCGGAAUUGUCACCAAAUUAGGGUUAAACGAUUCGAGUGAAGAUUUUGGAUUCGGAAUCUAUAAUGCUCAUUAUCAUUCAAUUGGUUACUUUCUUUAUGCUAUUGCAGCUUUGGCAAAACUUGAUGCAAUAUGGGGAAAGAAGUAUAAGCUACAAGCUUAUUCACUUAUGGCCGAUAUAAUGAACUUAAACAGGCAAUCAAAUUCAAAUUAUCCGCGAUUAAGGUGCUUCGAUUUGUACAAAUUACAUUCUUGGGGAUCAGGAUUAGUCGAAUUUGCAGACGGGCGAAAUCAGGACAACACAAGCGAGGCAGUGAACGCAUACUAUUCAGCCGCGUUGAUGGGAUUAGCAUACGGAGACACUCAACUCGUAUCCAUCGGAUCAACGCUCGCCGGAAUGGAGAUUUACGCGGCACAAACAUGGUGUCAUGUAAGAGAGAACAAUGGAAAUUUGUAUGGAGAAGAAUUUACUAAAGAGAAUAGGGUGGUGGGUGUUUCAUGGGCUAAUAAAAGAGACAGCGGGCUAUGGUUUGCACCAGCUGAAUGGAGAGAAUGCAGAGCUGGAAUUCAGAUUCUGCCAUUGUUGCCGGUGACUGAGAUUAUAUUUUCUGAUGUGGGGUUUGUGAAGGAGCUUGUGAAGUGGGCAUUGCCUGGUUUGGAAAGAGAAGGAGCUGGUGAAGAGUGGAAAGGAUUUGUGUAUGCAUUGGAAGGUAUUUAUGAUAAAGAAAGUGGUUUGGAGAAGAUUAGAAAAUUGAAUGUUCAUCAUGAUGGUAAUUCACUCACUAAUAUGUUAUGGUGGAUUCAUAGCAGAGGCUCUGAAGAAGAAAAAGAGGAAGCAGAUGGGAAGUUAUGUUGGUUUAGUUACUAUUGUCACUGAUUUGUUAUCUCGUUAUCUUGGUAUAUGCGUAGUGCUUAUUUAGUGUGUAAUUUGAUCAUAUUUGAAUAUUUAUUUGUGUGAUUGUUGUAUUUUUUA